CCCGGAAUCGCUGAUUUUGCCCGGCGUGGAGGAGGAGUCGUAAUGGCCGAAAGGAAUAAUCCGGCCCUCGGGAUUCUCUCGCGCAAAUCGCUCUUCUCUCUGUUCACGGUGACGUCGAUCGUGUUCCUACUGUCUUGGUUCUUCGUGCUGCAAUCUGCCGGCGGUCGGCCUCGCUUCAUCGACCACAGCUUGUUGCCCACUUCCAAACUUCUUGCCACAUUGGACGCCAGCAACCGUGAUAGCCGGAACGAGGAUGACGUCAAUGCCUCGGUCGGGAACCGCUCGAUUCUCAUGGACGGUGAAGAAGAACCUGGCGAAGCACCGAGAGCAAAGACGGAUGUGAAAUGCAGUUUGCCCGAUAAUAAUAAAGUAGCUCUCAAGGUGUACAUGUAUGAUCUGCCCCCAGAAUUUCAUUUUGGACUAUUGGAUUGGAAAGCCAAAGGAAACGGCGUUUGGCCUGACAUUCGGACUAAAAUUCCGGAUUACCCUGGUGGAUUGAACUUGCAGCACAGCAUAGAGUAUUGGCUGACUUUGGAUCUCCUGUCCUCGGAGUUUGCCGAUAUGUUAGGGGGUCGCGGUGCGGUCAGGGUCCGUAAUUCCAGCGAAGCUGAUGUGAUAUAUGUCCCGUUCUUCUCUUCCUUAAGUUACAACAGGUACUCAAAGGUGAACCCGCAUCAGAAGAAGAGCAAGAAUAAGUUGCUUCAGGAGAAGUUGGUCAGCUAUUUGACAGCUCAACCAGAAUGGAAGAGGUCUGGUGGGAGAGACCAUGUAAUAGUGGCUCACCAUCCAAAUAGCAUGUUGGAUGCAAGGAUGAUGCUGUGGCCAGCUAUGUUUAUAUUAGCAGACUUUGGGAGGUACCCUCCGAAUAUUGCCAAUGUCGACAAGGAUGUGAUUGCGCCAUACAAACAUGUGAUCAGGAACUAUGUUGAUGAUACCUCGGGUUUCGAUAGCCGUCCAACUUUGCUGUACUUCCAAGGUGCCAUAUACAGAAAAGAUGGUGGAUAUGUGCGGCAAGAGUUGUUCUAUCUCCUAAAGAAUGAGAAAGAUGUACAUUUCUCAUUUGGAAGCGUUCGAAAGGAUGGUGUCAGAAAAGCUACACAGGGAAUGCGGUCGUCCAAGUUUUGCCUCAACAUAGCUGGUGAUACCCCAUCAUCCAAUCGCCUCUUUGAUGCCAUUGCCAGUCACUGUGUCCCGGUCAUCAUUAGUGAUGAAAUCGAGCUUCCGUAUGAGGAUGUCCUUGACUACUCCCAAUUCUGCAUCUUUGUUCGCACUUCCGAUGCUAUAAAAGAAAACUUCCUCAUGAAUUAUAUUAGGAGUAUUGGGAAGGAUGAGUGGACCCGAAUGUGGCGGAGAUUGAAAGAAGUCGAGGAUUUCUAUGAGUUUCGGUACCCAUCCAAAGAUGGAGAUGCUGUCCAAAUGAUAUGGCAAGCCGUAGCUCGUAAGGUUCCUUCCAUUAGAAUGAAGUUGCACAAGUCUAGGAGAUUUGCUCAUGCUCUAGGCCACGCAGACAGCAGAUCGAUAUCAUUCCAAUUGCCCCAUAAUUUUUGGUGAAAAGAUACACAUUUCAUUCUUUGUGGCUCCCUUUUUUUCAAGAGCCUUCAACGUUGUCCUGCCUGAGAAAGACAGAGAGGCCGCAUGCAUGUCUUCUCACUGCAGAUUUUGAGACUGAAGCUGUAAUUGUUGCAGAGGAAAAAUAGAAAGGAAUGAAGUAAUUGUCCGAGCAAUUCUUCCAGGAUCUAUAGCUUUCUUUCGAACUUUUCAGCGAUUUAUGGCCUCAUCCUAUAGAACUUACUGGGUGCGACCACAUUAAGCGGCGAAUCUCUUGGGUAGCCGAAUGAGUUCAUGAAUAUUCGAAUGGCAUU